AUGGUCGCCCACGGCGCGGUGCUAGCCCUGAUCUCCAGCGCCCUUCUGGCCCGCGCCGCUCUGGCGCUGAGCCGCGCCGACGCCGCCGAGCGGCGCGCGGCGGACCCGGACGCGGAGUGGCCGUCGCGCCAGCUGCUGGCGGGGUCGCGGGCGGACUCUUCCGCGAAGGUGCUCGCCAGGGCCGCGCGGCUGACGGAGCAGGCGUGGAUGCGCAGCGGCCCGUCGCUGGAGCGCGACCUGAGGAACCAGUUCGUCUCGUCGGUGCACGUGGAGAGGAGGGUGCGCUCCAGGUGCGCUGCCGACCCCACGGGCUCGGGCGACUGCGCCUGGCAGCAGGAGGACUCGCUGCUGUGCGAGGCGCUGGAGCUCACCGGCCUGCGCGGGGAGCUGGGCAACUGGACGGUGCUCGAGCAGGCGACGCUCUCCGCGCUGUCGUCCGCGUGGGUGUACGGGGUCGACCCGGCCACGCGCGGGGCGAUGCUCGCCAGGUGGCGCACCAGCUCGCCACAGCCCCUGGAGCGCUCGGCGGAGGAGCAGCGCCUGCCCUACCGCGCCCUCGAGGCCCGGCUGCUGGGCUCGCCCCGCCUGCGCCGGCGCGCCGAGGAGGCCUGCGACGGUCUCGGGGAGAUCCACCCGGGGUGCCAGCCGGCCGCCACGCGCGCGCUGCUCUGUCAGGCCGUGGGCCAGGCGUCGGCCGUCUUGGUCGGGCUCGGGGAGCUGAGCGCGCGGCUCGAGGCCGCCGUGGUGCUCCAGGGCAGCGCUGCCGACGUCAUCGACAGCGGCCUGCUCGAGCGCCUGGGCGCCCGCACGCGGCAGCUGCUCCACCGCGCGUUCGCCUUCGACAUGGGGCGCUGGCUCCAGAGCGGCAGUGCCCCCUGGCGUGCGCUCAAGAACGAGUUCCUCUCCAACGCCGUGGCGAUGCAGGAGGCGAAGAGAUCGUGCCAGAGCCUCAGCGACCACGACUGCGUGCUGAGGCGCCUCGACCCGCUCCUCUGCGACCGGCUCCUCGGCGCCAGCAGCCUGGCCACCCCAGAGAUCGAGCGGGGCGUGCUGGCCGUGUUCGGCGCGACCCGCGAGAGGCUGCAGGAGGAGGAGCAGGUCGCGGCGCUGCAGGACCUCGGUCGAGACGACUACCUGCGGGCGGCGCACCAGUCGGCCAGCCGCGUGGUGGGCGCUGGGGACGGCCUCGGCCCACCAGUGGAGGAGGGCCCGCCGGCGGACGACGCCGCGGAGGCGCCGGAGGCGCCGCAGGGCCACGAGCGGGACGCGUCCAUCGACUGCGACGCCCGCAGCUUGCUCAUCGCCAAGUGGGAGGAGACCCGGGCGCUGCCGCAGCCGCAGUUCACGCGCCAGGAGGCCCCGCUCGAGGGCAUGUUGAGGCGGCUGCAGGCGACGGAGGUGGCCCGCAGCUUGACCGAGCACACGUGCCGGGACGCCGGCGAGGUGCUGCGCCCGGGGUGCUGGACGACCGCGCCGAGGCACCUCUUCUGCGAGGCGCUGGGGCAGACGGCGGCACGGGCCCACGGCACGGGCGGGCUGCUGCGGGCGAUGGGCCUGGGCGCGUGA